UCUAAGUUGUAGCUACUUGUUGUCAGUGACAGCCGAGAUGGGCUGUGCGUAGUGAUCAUACAAACUGAUGCGCUCGUUAUUAAACCUAGUGUCACUUUUGUAAUUCCCCUCUCAUUUACCGACAGCAGAUGGUCCUGAACCCUGAACAGCUGGAGUGGACAGUUUACAAAUUUCUACAUUGUUCCCGCAUGGAAGAAGGAAUUCAGUCAGUCGUUUCAAGUGAUCACGUGAUCGUGCCCCUGUCUGAUAUUUAGACUGAAGAUUUCUUCAUUGCGAGACAAUGAUGUCGAAGAGUUACGCCAGGACCAUCGAGCUGCCAUCAGAAAACUUCUUUCCUAAUCUGAAAACUGCUCGUCGCUUUGCUAUGGAUAUAGGCGGGUCUCUGGCGAAGGUGGCAUAUUGCUCGACAAUUCAGAGAAGAACGUCUCUAGUGUUUGAUGAAGAGAACAGCGACCCUGACCACAUCUACAACAUUUCGGAAGCUGAGGAGGUGAUCAUUAGACUUCACUUUGUGAAGUUCGAGACGAAGUACAUCGAGACAUGUCUGGACUUUGUGCAGAAGAAUCUCAUCCAAUCAAAACCCAGCUUUAUGAAGGACAAGUGCAUCAAAGUGACGGGAGGCGGGGCUUACAAGUACAAAGAUUUGAUCACUGCCAAACUUGGUGUGGAGGUCGAUAAGGAAGACGAAAUGUCAUGUCUGAUCAAGGGAUGUAACUUUCUCCUGAAAAACAUCCCGGACGAGGCGUUCAACUACCAGCGCCAUGGCAACCCGGAAUAUCAGUUCCAGGGCACGGACCCGGAUAUAUUCCCGUACCUUCUUGUCAACAUCGGGUCGGGAGUCAGCUUAGUAAAGGUGGAAUCUGAGAACAAGUUUGAGCGAAUUGGUGGAACAUCAACUGGAGGUGGAACGUUCUGGGGAUUGGGCUCUCUGCUCACCUCGGCUAAAACAUUCGAUGAGCUGCUGGAGCUGGCGUCUCGCGGAGAUCACCGGUCAUGUGACAUGCUGGUCAAGGACAUAUAUGGAGGCUCCUACCCUCUGAUUGGUCUGUCCGGUGAUGUGAUCGCUAGCAGCUUCGGAAAGGCCGCUCGGCCAAAUAAAGACCAUGACAAGGUAUUCAGUGAGGAGGACAUUGCUCGAAGUCUCUUGCUCUGCAUCAGCAACGACAUCGGCCAGAUCGCCUUUCUGCAUGCCAAGAUACACGGACUGAGGAAGAUAUACUUUGGCGGAUACUUCAUCCGCGGCCACCCCUUCACCAUGCACACCAUCACCUAUGCUAUUAACUACUGGUCAAAGGGUGAAAUUCAAGCCAUGUAUUUGCGACAUGAAGGCUAUCUCGGUGCUAUUGGGGGUUUUCUCAAAGGAACUGAAGAGGAAGAUGAGGAGAAAUACUCAUGGGGAGAGCACUUCGUCGGCAGUUCCGGACUGGCCAGUCCGAGUCAGGCGGGAUUCAUGUUGGGCACUUCAAAGAGUUCUAAGUUUGACCUGCUGGAACUGGACCGCCUGGACAAGCCCUUGUUGCCAUGCCCGCUGCUCCUCGACUCGGCCAGCUACAUCCCCGACACCGUCGACCUCACCAAGGACGCCGAUGCGCGGCAGUACUGGCUGCAAUGUUUCAGCGAGAGCGUCGAAACGACGUGGCGACAGGCUCUGAAGAGUCAGCCGAGUUGCGCGGAUGCCGAACGACGUGCCCACCAGUUCCGCACCAAGUAUCUCGACCGACUCUCCGUCCUCAAGGAGAACCCCUGUUGCUAUGGUUCCCUGACAGUGAGAUGUCUGCUGGAUAUGAGCAGCCAAUACCUGGCGGAAAAUCUCUUUACUGAUCCUUACUCACAGCUAAAGAAGUUUGACAAUGAGUAUGCCAUGAAGUUUCUGGUGAAGCACUUGGCACACAUUGACAGUCUGAGCUGGCACGAUCGACAGCUGGAGCUCACCAAGGGACUGCUAGCGGGAAACGUCUUCGACAUCGGCGCCAAGGAAAUUAGGAAAAUAUUGGACGCGGGGAAAUUUGGUUUUGAAGAAGCAAAAGGAAGGUUACAAAAGCGUCCUUGGUUGUUUGAUGAUUUUGACGAGUGGAAAGAGCGCCUGUUGCGACAACCGCCUCACAAGUGUGCGGUGAUAUUCUGUGAUAACAGCGGAUUUGACAUUAUUCUCGGCAUUUUCCCCUUCGCCAGAGAGCUUCUUUCUCGCGGUACCAAGGUGAUUCUGUGCGCCAACUCAAAGCCGACGUUGAACGAUGUCACGUACAGCGAGCUGAUGAUGGUGGCGCGGCACAUCGCUGCAAUCCAGUCCGACAUCUACCACGCCAUGGCUCAGAACAAACUCGUCGUCAUGGCAUCCGGUCAAGGGUCACCGUGUCUCGAUCUCAGACUGAUAGACGAAAGCCUGGUGAGAGUGAUGCGGGAGCAGGAAGCUGACCUCAUCAUCCUGGAGGGAAUGGGCCGCGCCGUCCACACCAACUUCCACGCUGCCUUCUCCUGCGAGGCGCUAAAAGUGGCCGUCAUCAAGAACAAAUGGCUGGCCAAUCGGCUGGGAGGAGACAUGUUCAAUGUGAUGUUUAAGUACGAGAAAGCUAGACGCGUUUCGGCGUCCACCAAACUGGCCAGCUAGUAUUCGGAUUCAGUCUUAGAAGACUUAAUAUUUAUAUUUGAUUCAUUUGGUAUUCUUCUUCAUGGUGCAUGCUUAUGACAGAGGUGGGAACAGUGAAAAACAUGGAGACAGUUUGAAAAGGACAUUUUUAAAGUGAUGUUCAAAUAUAAAAAUUUCACAGGAUAAAGCAGAUAUUCUAUCUCAUUAAUUAUAUGUAGGUAUUCUCUAUAUAAGCAUAGUAAUGUCUGUGUGAAAUAAGUAUUUGUGUGUGUAUAUGUGUUUGUAUGGUGUGUGUGUGUGUGGUGUGUUUGUGUUGUGUGGUGUGCAUGUUCUUUGUGUGGUGUGUUUGUAUGGUUGUGUGGUGUGUAUAUUUUAGAAAAGGAUGGAAUGAAAGACGGUAGUAAACAAAUGUUUAUCAAUACCUCAGAAAAAUAAAUACUUUGAUUGUCAGAUGUCAAACAAAGGUAUGUAUAUACAAAAUGGGGUGGAGGUGAGAGAGACGAAAGGGAGAUAGAGAUUCUAAGCAAGACGUUGUUUUAGUCAUAAGUAUUGUAAAUAAUGUAAUUAUCUUACACACACACACACACUCUCUCUCUCUCUCUCUCUCUCUCUCGCUCUCUCUCUCUGUGUCUCUGUUUCUCUUGCUCGGGCACGUGAGCACACACUCUCUAUCUCUCUUGUGUGCUGUCUGUCUCUCUCGCUCUCUCUGUCUGUCCAUUUGUUUCUGGUUGUUUGUAAAUAUCUAAUCUAUGUUUGUCAUCUUGCCCACAAAAUGAAAUACUUUCUAUUGUAAACAUUUAGGGAGAGGAUGCCUGUUGACUGAUCCGAAAACCACAAACUAUAAAUAUAAUAAUAAAAUAUUGUUUAAGCCAAGUACUGUAGAAUAUUUUAAGGGAACCAUGCCUGUCUGCUUCUCAUAGUUUUGCUUGAUGGCAUUAUAGUGAUGUGAUCGACAUGUAAGCCAAUCAUAUACAGCAGGCUUUUUACCAGAAGGUCAAACGGAUAAAAUGCCAUCCCUCAAAUAAAUUGUGCAACGAGUGUGAUAUGAUUGCAAACUUCAUGAGAUGAGAUAUAAAUCAUAUUUGACAAAAAAAACAUGAAAUUUUCUAUUUAUUAUAUAACUUUUGGCAGUUUACCUUUAUUUUUAAAAUGCCAG